GUUCUCCGUCCCCGCGUUUCCAGUCCCCGUGAUCGCCAGUACUGGUAUCCCUAAUCCCCAUUGCCAACAACAGUGGUUCAACCUACCUAUACGUGUGCGUGCUGGUGAAGACACGUGUUUUUUUUUAUUAAGCAGAGGCUUACAGUGUAACGUUCUGAAUCCAUACGAAUGGGAGAUCGUUGAUACUGCUUAUUCCUGAAGCAGAAAAACAAAGAAAGAUGGAAAAAGAAGAAAAUGUCUUGAUAUUUCAUGUUGAAAUCUUUUCAUUUGCACCAGACUUGUGGAAUCUCUUUAAUUAACCACACAAGAACGGAAGAGUUUGUAAUGUAAAAGAUGCAGAGGCUUGUGAAGGUAUUGUGUGUUUCCAUGAGCCCCCUGGUGCCAAGUUUCCAAACUGCAGUACUGUGUCCAGAUGUGGAGUCCUCAGUACAGAAGAGACAUGGACCUGUUGGAGUGCGUCCAGAGGGGGGCAACAAAAAUUAUCCAAGGGAUGGAACACCUCCCUGCAAGGGCAGGCUGAGAGCCAGCACUGUGCAGCCUGGAGAAGAGAAGGCUCUGAGAUGACAUGAGAGCAGCCUUCAAUAUCUAAAGAGGCUGUAAAAAAGAAGGGGACAGACUCCUUUGCAGAGUCUGUUGUGAUUGGACAAGGGGAAGUGGUUUCAAACUAAAAGAGGGGAGAUUUAGAUGGGAUGUAAGGAAAGGGUUUUUUAUGCUAUGGGUGGUGAGGCACUGGCACAGGUGACCCACUGUCGUUGCAGUGUCCUGGAGACACUGAAGGUCAGGCUGGAUGGGGCUCUGAGCACCUGAUUGUGCUGUAGGUGUCCCUGUUCAUUGCAGGGGAAUUGGAUUACAUGACCUUUAAAGGUCCCUUUAAAGGUACUGCGAGCAACAAACAAAACAUAGGUGUGUUAUCAACAUUGUUUUUCUACCAAAGCCAGACACUGUGAAGAAAAUCAACUCUGUCCCAUCUGAAAAUAGCACAAUAUCAGCUCCUUAUUCUGUAUCAUUUACGGCAUGUUCAGGGCCCACAAUUGCCCAUAUAUCCUAAUUGGUUACCAUCACCUUUCCUGCCUUUUGAUAUAAACACACAGAUAUAAUUCCUGCAAGUGUAUGGGCUAUCCCUCUAAAUCAUGAGUGCCAAAACUUUUGUGCCUGGGCCGCACUGAGUGAAAAGGAAUUGUCUUGAGCUGCAUGUAAAAUAUAUAACAGAGUUUAUACAUAUAUUCAAGAUACAUAUAAUACAACAUAGUUAAUGUAUAUUUCUUGUACAGUGAAUGUGCUAACUUAUCAAAUUAUUUUAUGAAAUAGCACAAGCCCAAGAUUAAUAAUUAAAUAAGAAAACUUACAUGUCUGCUUAAUAACAAAAAACACAUCUGCACAGGCACACAUACAUGUCGGUAGAUUGAAAUAUUAUCAAUCACUGGGUUCUACUCACAAGUGGCAAAUGCGCAUGUCGCGUAUAAUAUGUGCAGGUUUAGAUCUGACUGACUGAAUGUGGUGGGCAUGAGGCAGUCAGCCCUGCCCUGCGCCCUCCGCUCCGCAGCAUUCCAUUGUCACCUAUGCAGUCAGUGCUUGAGCUACGUGCAAUUGACUUAUGAAAAAUAUUGCUAAAAAUCUCAUAGUAAUGUUAAAAGUUUGCAGUCUUGUGGGGCUGUGUUACUGGCUGCCCAGGGCUGAAUGUGGCCCAUGGGUUGGACACACCUGCUCUAAAUUGUCCGUGGAGUUCCUUUAGUCCAUGGCUUUGAGCUCCAUCUGUCAUAACGGACCUUCAGGGUUGGAGGAGCGAUGCAUAGUGUUGGACUGCGGCAUGCUGAAGCCAGUUCUGGUUCCAUCAGAAUUCAUUCUUUAAUGUAGAUGUUUCUUAAAGCAUUACCAUUGAUAAGGCAUAUAGCAAACCUAGUAGUGAUGAGAUGCAGUAUUAGGUAGCAAUUAACAUAAUACAAUUCAAAUCAUUGGUUGUGCUUACUCAUCCUCAAAUCCCCUCUGAAGUGAGGGGUACACACCAGACUUCCCUAUCCUUCCACAUUACCCACCAAGUGCACUCAGGUCCCUGAGCAAAAGCAAUCCCAUGGAUGGGCUACCCUUUGUUCAAGGCAGGAAUAACCAGAACUGUCUUGCCCAGCAUGUUAUUCAUGUGCAUAACAGGUACUUUAUUUCCUUCUGCAGUACAUAGGAGUUUUGACUGGGCAGGGCCAGCUUGAUUGGCAGAUUCUCCAGUGUUGACUAACCAGAUGACUUUCACUAAUUGUGUGUCCCAGUGUUUAAAUGUCCCACUACUUGUUGCUCUCAGUAUAGUCUUGAACAGUCCAUUGUAUUAUAUGAUGCGGGAUAGGGGUUAUGAUGUAUCUGUGCAUACUCCUUGGCCCAGGUGUCUAUGAGGUAGUUUUGAAAAGUCCCGUUGCCUGACUCAAUUCUUUCUGGGGUACCAUGUCACCACAAGACUUGCUUUUCAAGGCCCAAGGUAUGUUUCCAGCCAUCCAGUGGUUGCUUCCACCACUGCAAGCAUAUGACACUUGACAUUGCGGGUUUGUGGGAGUCUGAUAUAAUCCACCUGCCAGGCCUCCUCAUAUUUGUGUUUCAGCUGUUGUCCUCCAUACCAAAGAGGCUUCAUCUGCUUGGCUUGCUUAAUUACAGCACAUUUCACAUUCAUGGAUAACCUGUGCAAUAAGGUCCAUAGUCAAGUCCACCCCUCAAUUCCAUGCCAAUAUAAAGGUUGCAUCUUUUCCUUGAUGGCCUGAGGUGCCAAGGGCCCAACACGCUAGAAAUAAUUCACCCUUAUGAUGCUUUUGCAGAUCUACCUGAGUCACUUCAAUCCUACUGGCCUGAUCCACCUGCUGGUUCUUUUGAUAUUCUUCAGUCACACGACUCUUUGGUAUGUGAGCAUCUACAUGAGGCCUUCACAGCCAAGGUCUCCACUCAGGCAACAAUAUCUUUCCACAGUGCAGCAGCCCGGAUGGGUUUGUUACUGUGUUGUUCUGCCAGUUGUUCUGCUUCCAUUGCUGUAACUGCCCCCAUAGGAGGUGGCCACUAUCCAGGCGUCAGUGUAGAGGUAGAGCAUGGCCACUUCUCUCAUUCACCAGUGUCUAAAGCCAGUUGGAUGGCCUUCACUGCUGCAUAUUGGCUCCAUUCACCUUCUUCUGCAGUUUCUGUGACUUGUCUUGUUGAAACCAUACAGCAGCCUUCCACCUCUGACGCUUUCCCACAAUGUGACAGGACCCAUCAGUGAACAAGGCAUACUGCUUCUUACUCUCUGCUAGUAUAUUAUACAGUGGGGCCUAAAAAUUCCUGAAAACUGGAUUUCCUGUGUGGAUCCCUUAACUGUUGUUUACAGCAAAACCAGAUUUCAUUAGGAUUUGGAUUAUUUUCUUCUCUUUCUCAAAAACUUCCUCUGCUGUGUUGCCCGAUACGGUGAUGCCUCCAAUGAUUGCAGGUGUUCAGAAGCUUCUUCCUUUUCCAGAGCUGUCUGGAUCAGCCCGUGACAAAUGGUCAGGCUGUAUUUCCACCCAUGGGGCUGUCAAUUCCAGGUGUACUAGAUGCCCUUCCAAGUGAAAGCAAACUGUAGCCUCCACUCUGUUGCCAGAGGGAUUGAGAAAAAUGCAUUGGUGAUGUCGGUUGUGGCAUACCACUUGGCUGCCUUUGACUCCAGUCUGUAUUGGAAGUUCUAGCAUGUCUGGCACAGCAGCAUUUAGCAGUAGUAUGACUUCAUUAAGGCCAUGAUAGUCCACUGUUAGCCUCCACUCUCCACUAGACUUUUGUACUGGCUAUAUGGGACUGUUGGUGAGUGAGUCUUUCUGGUUACUCCUUGGUUCUUCAGUUGACAAAUCAGCUGAUGAAUGGGAAUCAGAGUCCUGACUGGUGCAGUAUUGCCACUGGUGCACUGUUGUAGUAGUGAUCUGCACCUGCUGUUGUACUCUUAGCAACCCCACAACAGAAGGGUCCUCUGAGAGACAAGGCAAAGUAAACAACUGCUUAAUGUCCUCCAUUUCCAAGGCAGCUAUGCUUAAAGCCCACAGAUGCCCUUUUGGGUCCUUGAAGUACCCUCUCCUUAGAUGCAUGGAGCCUAUGGGCCAGUUGCAAUGGAGUCCUUUUGCCACUCAUUCAUAAACCAGUGUUACACAGUGCAUAAAACUGUAGUCAAUCCAGUCCCAAGAGAUCAUAAGCAGCAGCACAAUGGAACAUAUAGAGUAAGUAAGGUUCUACAUAGCACACCACUGAAAACAGGCACAUCAAAUCUGAGAGCAGAAAAAUCAACACUGUGACCAGCAAUUAUGAAACUUAAUGUAAUGCUUAUAACAAUUCUGUUUUGACACACUCUGAUUGGAUCUUCUGUUGUCUCAACCCUUCAAGCCCCACAGUGGGUGCCAAAAGGAUGGCUGUGGUUUAACGAGUGGGCAGCCUUUAAGACUUCCUUCUUGAGGAGCGACCAGCGUUCCUGGGCCCCUUUACCCUUCAGGACUGAAUCCCAAGGGAUUCUCCCUACCCGUGUCCUGAACAGUUCAAAGUCUGCCCUCGGGAAGUCCAAGGCAGCAGUUUUGCUGCCCCCCACUCCUGAUUUCACCAAGAAUUGGGAACCCUGUCAUUUCGUGGUCACUCUGCCCAAGACAGCUCCUGAUCUCCACAUCUCCCGCCAGACCUUCUCUGUGGACAGCAGGUCUAGCGGGGCACCUUCCCUGGUAGGCCCUCUUAUCAGCUGCAUCAGGAAUUUAUCUUCCGUACACUCUAGAAACCUCCUUGACUACUGCUUCUGCACUGUAUCGUAUUUCUAGCACAUAUUAGGGAAGUCGAAAGCCCUCGUGCGAAUAUGGGCUGGUGAUCAUGCAACUUCUGCCAGCUGCUCAUAGAAUGCUUCAUCUGUCUCUUCAUCCUGGUUAGGUGGUCUAUUAGAGACCCCCACCAGGAUGUUUGUCUUGUUGGCUCUCCCCCUGAUCCCUACCUGUAGAGAUUCAGCCUCAUCAUUUCCAGCCCCAAGCUCAAUGACAUCGAAACACUCUCUAACAUAGCCACACCACCACCCCUCCUUCUUUGCCUAUCCUUUUUGAAGAGCUUGUAGCUAUCCAUUGCAGCAUUCCAGUUAUGGGAGCAAUCCCUCCAUGUUUGGGUAAUGGCAACUAAGUCAUAGUCUGCCUGCCACACAAUGGCUUCCAGCACUCGUGCUGCAUGCAGUGGUGUAGAUGCACUUCAGCUGAGCCUGUAGGAUCACCGCAAUCUCAUCAGUGUUUCCCUCUGCUGAUCUCUAGCAGGCCUGGUUUUAUCCCCUUUCUCCUUCAUACCUAGUUCAAAGCCCUCUCAACGAGCCCUGCAAGCUCCUGGGCUAGGAUCAGUUUCCUUCUUUGUGACAGGCGAGACCCAUCCGCAGCCAUCAGGCCAGGUGCUGAAUGAACCACACCACAGUCAAAAAAAACCAAAAGUCUUGCAAUUGCACCAGCCUCUCAGCCAUGUAUUUAUGAGAAGGGUUUUCCUGCUCCUCUCAGUAUUCCUCCCUACCACUGAAGGGAUAGAAAUUAAUAGGAUGGUGGAUAUUGCCCUGCUUUCAGCUGGGACAAAGUUGAUUUUCUUCAGGGUGUCUGGUACGGUGUCUGGUCUCUGACUCCUCCUUACUUCAUUAAGGUGAUAUGCAUGACAUAUAUGUUACAUUAAACAUUGCCCCCAAAAUUCUGGUUUGAUCACAUACACGGAAUUAUUCUCAGUAUCAUUGAUUGCUAGUGCACAUGUGCUUAGACUUCAGACUUCAGAGGACUGAGAGCUUGGAAUCAACCCAAUAAACUAAUUUCUGAGCAGCCAUUGUCUACUGAAAUAUAAGGCUUUCAUUUUUGGUGGCUUGCAUGAUACAAGUUGUAAUGAUAUUGUUAAACUUGUUAAUGCUUGUUGAUGGAUAGCUGUGUAGUUUGUUUAGAAAAUGGGAAGAGGCUGUGUUUUUGUACCAAGCAGAUAAGGAUGAUGUGCUGAACUCCUCGUACCCAGCAAAUAAGAGAAGUUCCAUCAAGCCUUUGUAUCGAGCAGAUAAGGGAGUCGUGGGAGCAAGUAUUAUGCAAUCAAGGUAAGAAGCUAACCAAGCGUGCGUGAAGACCAGGUUCAACCAGUGGACACAGUGAGGAAGACUACUGAUGACCACCAGAGACCCCAAAAGACUGCCGCCACAAAAAGACAGCAUGUGCAAGGAGGUGGAACCCUAUGUUAAUGAUUUUGGGGGAAGUUUUGAAUAUGUUCCUUUCCGUAUGUAUUUUUCUAUAUGUAGGAAAAUCUUUCUAUAUGUAACACAAGUAACAUAUAUGAGCUGAAGAUCUUUAGUAUACGAUAUACACGAUUAGGCAGAAGGAUCCCCUUGUGCAUCUGGCACCUAGAAUAAAGAAUGCCUGCUUUCUAACUCUCCAAACUGAGUCUUAAAGAGUUUCAUGAUGGACUGGCUUACAGUAACAUGCAGCACAAUGUACUAGUUUGCUGUGGUUUAACCUGGCAGCAACUGAACACCACACAGCCAUUCACCUCUUCCCUCCUCCCAGUCAGAUGGGGAGGGAAUUGAAAAAAGAGUAGAACACAUGGGUUGAGAUAAAAGCUAAUUAAUAAGAAAGGAAAGGAAGAAAGAAAUAACAAUAAUGACAAUUAUAAAUAUAUAUAUGUAUACAUACAUACACAAAUUAAGUCAUACACAACAGAAUUGCUCACCAUGCACUGACAAAUGCCCAUCCUUUCACCAAGCAGUGGCUGCCCCCCGGCCAACUCCCCUUCAUUUUAUAGUUUUCUCACAUGAUGUCAUAUGGUAUAGAAUAUCCCUUUGGCCAAUUUAGGUCAGCUGUCCUGGUUCUCUUACCUCUCAGCUCCUUGUGUGUCCCCUCAGCCCCCUCACUGGCAAGGCAGUAUGAGAAAAUGAAAUGUCCUUGGCUCCGUACAGCACUGCUCUGCAAUAGCUGCACAACAAUGUGUUAUCAAAAUUGUUUUUCUCCUGAAACCAAACCGUAGCAUUAUUCCAGACCCUCUGAAACAAAUCAACUCAACUCCAUUCUAUCUGAAACAUGGACAAUAUCCCCCCCUUAUUCUAUACGAUUUACAGCAUGUUCAGGUCCCACAGUUUCCCAUACAUCCCAAAUACUGUCACUCCUCUUGCAUUUACACACAGAUAUCAUUCUGUAGUUUAUGGGUUAUCCCUGCAAACUGAUUUCAUAGAGAGUGAUGAAGCCUUCCCUCAGCCUCCUUUCCUUUAAACAGUCACAGUUCUCUCAGCCUCUACUCAUAUGUCUACGUCUUAUUUCCUAGUCCCUUCAUCAGCUUUGUUGCUUUUCUCUGCACAUUUCAAGCAAGUCAGUAUCCAUGUUGUAGCAAAGGGCCCCAAACCAAACACAAUAUUCACUAUGCAGUCUCACAAGUGCUGCAUACGAGGGGACAAUUGCUUCUCUAGGUCUGCCGGAUCUGUCUUAGAAACACAAGCAGGAAAAGUAAGGAAAUGGGAUUUCUGUAAAAAUAAGAAGUUUGUAUACUUGAGAAUGAUCAAAAGGGGAAAUUUACAAUUGCUGUGGUUUUUUUUUAAAGUUAUUUCUCCCCUUUUUUUUUCCUUUCAUGAGCUGUGUUUCCCAAGAGGAGGGCAGGCAAGGCUAAGUUGCAGUAUGUGCUUCCAUCAUUUCAGAUCAUAGCAUAAAAAGACACUUGCAUUUGCAACCCUGAGAUUGAAGCAAACAGAAGUGCUGACCUUGAAAAGGAGGAACAGACCUCUGUCACCAUUUGUACUUCCAACGAUGGCUCUUUGCCAGUCUGACAACACAAACAGUUACUGAAAAGACAUCUUGAUUUCUUUCAAAAAAUGUAUUAAAAUUGUGUGGCUGGGAAACCUUUUUUGUGUUCUGGAAGUUUAAGAAGGUCAUGUCUUGAUUACAAAUGUUUAACUUAGCUGAGAGCUGAGAACAUUCCCACAUCUUUCUAAAGAAAGUGUUUUCUUCAAACUUGAAACAUCCCUGAAGCUACUGUUCUUUUCUUCUGUGCUUCAAAAAACUGUUCAGGACGAAACCUUUGGGCAUGGCUUUCUGUUUUCCAACUGGCAGUCUUUUUCAAAAUUUCCUUCACCUCCGUGUUUCUGAAUGUGUAGAUGAAGGGAUUUAGCAGUGGAGUUAUAACUGUGUUUAAGAUGGUGACUAUUUUGGUCAGUUCCAAGGAAGCUUUGAUGGAUGGCUUGACAUGGAGAAAGAUAGUGGAGCCAUACCAAAUAAUUAUUACCAUGAGAUGGGAAGAACAAGUGGAGAAGGCUCUCUGCGGCCUUGGGCAGAUGGGAUCUUCAAUACAGUAGAUACUAUAUAAGUAUAUGAGACCAAGAUAAUGACACAGGAGGCAAGGAGGACAAUGGCAAACAUGAUGAAGCACACCAUCUCCACAAGGGAGGUAUCUGUACAGGAAAGGACAAUCCAGGGAGAGAUAUCACAGAAAAAGUGGUUGAUGACAUUAGAGCCACAGAAAGACAAUCUGGAAAUCAAAGAUGUGGGCACUGAAAAGACCAGGAAACUACCAAUCCAAGAAACCACUGCCAGCCAUCAACAGAAUCCUCUUGAUUCCCUGUGGAUGGCCAUGAGUUCUUUUCUUUGUCUGUCCCCGGACGCAGCUGCCGUCGCGUUGUUGGUGCUGUUUCCUGACCGAGAGGGAAUCCUGAGUGUUCUUCCCAGGAACGGUUCCUGCCUUUCCCAUUGGUCUCUGCUGUUUGCUGCUGCUUCGGCAGCCUUUUGGCGUCCUCUUGAGGAUGUGAACCGUCGGGGAGAUUCUCCAAAGUAGUCCAUCUUUCACCGAGAUGUUUGUCCUUCUGCUGAGGUGCUGUGGCUGCCAGGGAGCGAGGUCUUUCUCAGCGUCUCGUGCAGCGUGCGGGCCUUGAGGGAUGGGAGCCAGAACCAGCAGCGGGUACGCGUGAGUUCUCCAAGGCUGGUGCUGCCAGGGGGUUUCUUUCUGCGGGUGGAGGGUCCGGGUGGCGUUGCGCCUGGCACCAGGGCACCCACCCAAGCCGGCACAAGCCGAGGCCUGGAAGCCAGCUCCAGGGCACCCAACCAAUCCGGCACAAGUGCACCCAACCAAGAAGGCACCAGGGCACCCAACCAAGCCGGCACCAGUGCACCCACCCAGGAAGGCACCAGGGCACCCGCACAAGCCGGCAGCAGGGUACACAACCAAGCUGGCAACAGUGCACCCACCCAAGCCGGCACCAGGGCACCCACCCAAGCUGGCACCAGGGCAACUAGCCAAGCGUGCACCAACCAAGGCUUGGAAGCCGGCGCCAGGGCACCCACCCAAGCCAACACCAGCCAAGGCCUGGAUGCUGGCACAAGGGCACCCACCCAAGCUGGCACCAGCUAAGGCCUGGAAGCAGGUAAAAGGGCACCCACCCAAGCCGGCACCAGAGCACCCACACAAGUCGGCACCAGUGCACCCACCAAACCUGGAACCAGCCAAGGCCUGGAAGCCAGCACCAGUGCACCCACCCCAGCAGGCAUCAGGGAACCCAGACAAGCUGGCAUCAGCCAAGGCCUGGAAGCUGGCACCAGUGCACCCACCCAAGCCGGCACCAGUGCACCCACCCAAGCCUGCACCAGUGCACCCACCCAAGCCUGCACCAGGGCAGCCACCCCAGCCUGCACCAGUGCACCCUCCCAAGCCGACACCAGGGCACCCACGCAAGCCAGCAACAGGACACCUAUCAAAGCCAGAACCUGCCAAGGCCUGGAAGCCAGCACCAGGGCACCCACCCAAGCCGGGAUGAGUGUACCCACCCAAGCCAGCGCCAGGCCUCAAAACCGAGGCAGAACCAGUGCACCCACCCAGGCUGGCACAAGGGCACCCACCCAAGACGGCACCAGGGCACCCACCCAAGAUGGCACCAGCCAAGGCUGUGGGAGCCUGCUGGAGGGCACACCCACAGGUGCUCUGCCCCACCCCACCCUCCCCAUCUCUGCAAAGAGCAUUCCUGCAGCCCUUUGGGCCAGUCAGCUGGUAAUUUGGCAAGCCCCCCUUGCCAGGACCGUCCCUCAUCCCACUGGACAGAUCUCAUGUCCUCCUGGCCCUCCAGCAAGUUCCCCAUCUCCCAGUAGUUCCAGCCCUUCUGCAUAGCAGCACUGCCAGGAGCUGGACUGACCUUAUGGGCCCCUGUGCCUCUGGCUGACUCCAGCUGAUCUCUGUCCGUCUGCCACUGCCUUCUCCGCAGCGCUGCGGUGCAUUCCCUUUGUGGAAAUGACGCUGAACUCCCUGCGCACGGUGCUGAGCCAAACGGAGAGCGGUCGGAUCCUGCAUGCCCUCUGUGGUGUUCUGGAGCAGUGGUCGGAAGGCAUCCGUACUUACUUCUGCUCCUGGGACCAGUGUCCCUUCCCGCGCAUGGAGGAAGCACGGUUCAUCAAACACAUCUACCCGCUCUUUUUCUACGUGGUGCAAAACUGGCUGGGCUGUGAGGAGGAAGAGGACAAGCAGGCUGUCCUCAAGGCGCUGGCCGCCAUGAGUGUUAUCCUUCUGCAUGAGAAGCAGCACACGGAGCGCGUAUGGGAGCAGCUCCUCUGGCUUCUGCACCAACACCGGGACAACCAAGGCAACUUCCAGGUGACCAAGAUGCUCCAUUAUUUCCUGGAGUCCUUGGAGGGGGUUCGUGACCUCAUUCCUGUGGGCAAGUUUACUGCCAUCAGCGCUGCUGUGCACGCCCAGCUCUCUGAUGCUGAGAAUGAGCCCAGCCCGGCCCACAAAGAAGAGCUGUCCCGCUGCAUCGUGCUGCUGGGUGAGGAGAGGAGACGGGGCCGUGCCCCGCCGUGUCCUGGCAGCUCUCUCCCAGAACCUGGCAGUGGCAGGUGGCUGCCUGCUAACACAGAGCACCAUUUCUUGCCCGCAUCGCAAAGCCGCCCUGAGGAGAUGAUCGCAUUUCUGCGCUCCCAGCUGCACGGUGGGAAGGAGGCCGGCCGCGUGGCAGCCCUGCGCCUUCUUGGAGCUCUCGCCUCGCAGCAGGACGUACCUGCGAUUCGAGAGAAGCUGCCCCUGGUCGUUGAGGCAGCGCAGUCAGCGUGCAGUGACCCCAGUGCCCAGCUCUUGUGGCCGAGGCUGCUGCAGUACGUGGUGCCCGCCCAGUACAGGGGCAUGCUUAUUCCCCUCUCCCGCUGCCUCCAAAGUCUGGCUGAGAGACGAGAGAGAGCAGGACAGCAUGAAGAGGAGGACUCCGAUGUCACCAGCUCUGAGGAAGAAGCCCAGCUGCCAGCUCCACAGGCCCUGCUGGCUCGACUGCUGGUGGAGUCAGCAGCUCCUCGUGCAGGUGCUGAGCACACUGUCGCUGCCUUGAAGCUGCUGCAGGCCCUCCGCAGCACCAUCCACGGUGCCCUGGGGGCAGCGUGGACAACUGAGAUCGCCUUCCUGCUGCAAUAUCUGGAAGGAAAAGAUGCGAGCUCCGUGGACUCUGCAGAGUGGGAGUGCCACCUGCUUAAGUUUCUGAAAGUGUCACUGGAAUCCAUGGAGGACCAGGCCUGGAGCGUGGCUCUGAGCCAGCAGCUCAGCGAGCAGCUGGGCACGUGUCCCCACGGCUCCUGGGAGAAGCUCUUCUUGUACAAGGCUCUUGGGUCAGUGCUGGCAGCUUGUCAGGACCUCAGCCACGUCCAAGAGCAGCUCUGCAGAUAUCUGCAGGGAACAAACCAUGUGGAGCUGUCUGAGGCCCAGGGAAUGAUUGCGGUUGUGUCCUUUGCUGCUGAGCGCCACUUCCACCUGGCCUUGGACACAGUGACGACAGUUGCUGCCACGUUGACCAGAGGCAGGUUUCCCGAGCCAUCUGGAGACUGGAAGAACAGUGACAGACUAUGCCGGAGUUCCCCAGCCCCUAAAGUCGGCGGUAAAUCUGCCCGUGGUGAGCGUGACAGAGGCUGUGCCCCCUCAGCCUUUCUCAUGGGGGAGCCUGUCAUGCAGGGCAGGAACCGCUCCCAGGCCCAGAGCUCGCAGCUGCAAGAGAAGCUUGGGGAGCUGCUGGUACAGGGGCAGAAGAACAAGGAGGAAGCCCAGGCCGCUCACAUUGCUGUCAUGCUCACCUACAGUGGCAUGGCACUGCACGCCCCCAGGGAGCAUCUGCUGGCCCGUGUGGAUGCAGACAUCUUGGGCAAGAUCCUGCUGCUUGCUAGAGCCGGCCACCAGGACUCUCAGCUAAAGCUUGCCUUGGUGCAGAGCAUCACUGAGGUCAGCUGCGCCAUCCAGGCUGUGGGUGACUGCCCCGGCUUUGGGCUCCUCUUGAAGCAGGAGGCCCUGGGGACACUGCUGGACUGGAUAAAGGAGGAGCCCCAGGACAUGGCAGUAUACCCCAUGCUUUUGACCUUGGAGCAGCUGAGCAAAGUGAAGCCAUCUCUGAGCAGGGAGGAAAAUCGCUGCCUGCUGUCUGAGUGCUGCCAAAGCGUCUUUUCCCAUCCGUCCAUGGAAGAGAUCAAAGCAAGACGGAGGCCACUGAGGGCAGCUCUGAACAUCAAGGUUCUGCACGACUGGCUCACCUCGUUCAACGCACUGGAGCAAGAGAGGGUCCUGAGAGUCUGCGCCCAGGUGCUGGGGGCUUGCGAGGGGCGAUUUGAGCUGAUGAAAGGAUGCACUUGCAAACAAUUUGGUACCUUGGUGGGACUGCUGGGGCCUCUGACCUGUGACUUCCUAGCCACGUGCCGCAAGUGGGCAGGGGUCUGCCUGGACUACCUUCUGCAAAUGCACGCUAAGACCACCAAUGUAAAAUCCCAAACAUGGGACACCGAGCACCUGUGCGAGGAGCAGGAAUCACCCGAUGAGACAGCCCUGCUUGAGACCUCCAACAAGACAGCACAGACUGUCUGCAGAUGCUUCCCCUCAGCACAGGCCACCGAUUUCAUGAGCAUGCUCGCAGAAAGCCUGCUGCAUCACACAGAUAGGCGUGCAUGGGCUGCUGGGAUGUGGAUGACAACAUUUCUGGAACACUGUGGAAAGCAGCUAACUUCUUAGGAGGUGCCACAAGUCCUGGACAUCCUUUACAGCAGCCUGCAGGCCAUGUCGCAGAGCAUCCACAGGGUCCACGUGCUGCAGGCAGUGUAUCACAUGGCCCGCUUUCACCAGGAGCCCGUGAUCAACAGCCUCCUCC